AUGGCUCAUACCCCUUCUCCUUCUGUGGAGGGAGCUCAAUUGAAGCCGGCGACGGAGCCAGCGCCAGCUCCAGCGGCUUCCGCCGCCAGCCCUGUGGUGACCACCCAAAACUCGCUGAUUCCAGCGCCUUCCGGAACAGCUUCUGGAUCUACCACUUCCUCAUCGGCUCCGGUAGCCGUGGCUAGUGGCAAACCUCAGGAGAACCAGCUGGAUAAGGAGAUUGCCGCCCCUGCUCUGCUGACUUUGUUUUCAGACCCCACACGAAAGUAUGCGUUCCCCGCAGCUAAAACUGCCUCAAAGGAGACAACUAAAGAUGCUGACACUAUUAAAGCAUCGGAAUCAACGUCGUCGCAAUCGCCGUCCACUCCAUCAAGCUCCGAUGAUAAUGGUGAAAGUGUGGACACCCUCAAGCAGAGACUCAUGGACUUGCAAUUGAAAGUGGAACAACUCAGCGGCAAGCACGUUGAGGUCACUACUACCGCUGUUCCUUCUACUAAGCUGCAACCUCAAUUGGCUACGCCUUCUUCCACUCUGGUGGAGAAACUGACCCAGCCGCAACCUCAAUUGAAUACUGCCACUCCCAUGGGGAAGCUGAGCAAGCCGCAACCUCAAACCGAUGCCGGCAAAACCUCUACGACUACUAGCAUUUUCACUAAGAAACCGACCACUCCGGUUGACUCGGCUAACCUGGUACCCACCACUGAGAAACUGAACUCUGCCAAGCUGUCGUCGGCUAACGCUACCGCUACUGCUUCUGCUCCUGAGGAGUCUGCGACCUUGGCGUCAUCAUCGAGUGGAAAGGAAAAGCCGCAAACUCAAUCUAGCAUUUUAACCAUGCCGGCUAAGCCUGCAUUGAAUUUCGAAUCCUUCGACAAGAAAUGGGGCACGCUGGGUGUCUCCUCCACCCUGGGGUCUUCAACUCAUAAUGCAAACGCGGUGAAGCCGCUGUCGAGCAAUGCUACGCCCACUACUGCUGCGAAGCCGCUGUCGAGCAAUGCUACGCCCACUACUGCUGCGAAGCCGCUGUCGAGCAAUGCCACGCCCACUACUGCUGCGAAGCCGCUGUCGAGCACUUCUACACCCACUACUGCUGCAAAGCCGUUGUCGAGUGAUGCCGCGUCCACUGCUAUUGCCGGUGCUUUUGCUACCCUUGGGCCACUUGGAAAGGAGAAGUCCCAAUCUCAAACUGCAUCGGCCACGUCUCUGGCUAACACUAGCAUUUUCUCGAAGAAAUCUGGCGAGCCACAAUCUCAAACCAAAUCGGCAACGCCGUCGACUACACCCAGGUGGGAUUUUAGCUUCAAGAGUGUUGACUUUACAAAGCAACUUCAUCCCAAUUCGGCUACGGCUCCCGCGAAUACCAGCAUUCCUACCAACAACCAAUCCCAACCCGGUUCGGCUGCGCCUGCUUUGAAAUUCAACGUGUUCAACAAAACACUGGGCUCGCUGUUUGCCCCCGCCACCACUGAAAAGCUGAACACCGCCAAGCCCUCCUCGGGCAACGUAACGUCCACUGCUGCUGCUUCUGAGAAGUCCGGUACUCCGUGGCAAUUGGGAAAGGAUAAGACGUGGACGCCCGAUAACGAUAAGCCGCAAUCUCAAGCAGAGUCGGCUUCACUCAAGUUGAAUUUUGACGUUUUCAAAAAGACAUCAUCCCAACCAUAUUUGCCUAAGGCGGCUGCGGACACUGGCAACUCCAAAGAGAAACUGGGUACGCUGGCUGGCUCCUCCAGCACGGGAUCUACCACUAACGCCGCCAAGUCUCUGGCUGCUAAUGCUACUUCCACUGCUGCCGCCACCAACGCCACCGCUGCCUCGGGACUGUCUAAGCUUUUUGGGGGCGUCUCAGCGACGGCUACCAACGCGUCGGCUGACGAUAAGCCAUAUGCGUUUUUACCAUUUUCAUCGCCACCUUUUGCGAAGAAGGACCAGCCAAAGCCAAGUUCCUCCACAUCUGUUCCUCCAACGGCGUCCCAAAAUGAACGCCUGGGGUCAUCUGCAGCUCCAUUUGAAGACUGGAGAAUUGACAUCCACCACAAAGUGACGCGCCACCAACCGCAAACCACUGUGGGGAACGCUUCCGCCUGGGCUGCGUGGUUCAGUGCCACCCGCCACCUCCUCACGGUGUACGAACAAGACGUCGAGGCUCACUAUUUCUGCUGGAGCAUGCUUCUUGACACCAUCCCCAAAGAGUAUACUCGCGGCAGAUCUGAAGCAGGGUCGAUUAUGAUGCAGGCGAUAUCGUUGGAACACCAUCUUAAGAAGUACGACGAGCGCGUGGCCGAAGCCAAUAAGAUACGCCAGGUAGUAGAUGACGUGCUUUCGCAAAAUGGCGAUGUGGGUGCCGUCAUCAAAGCUUUGGAGGCUCACCAGCGUCAAACUCAGGGGGUUCCUUUUGCCCUGGCAACGAAUACAUUUUUCGACAAGGUCAACAAUGGGUUUGCGCCGUCUUCAUUUAUACCAUGGGUGGCAACGGAGGGUGGUACCAGCAGGGCGGUCAUCGAAUAUCACAAUAUCUGCGCUAAUCCCCAGUAUAAGCACCUCUCGUUUGAGGAGAUACGUUUGAAGGACUACCAACUGAACAGAGUGGUCAACGUGUCCAGUGGUAGAAACGACUUUCGGGCAUUUGUUCCCUGGGUUGAGAAGGAGUCUAACAAUGGUCUUGUUGAAUUCCACAAUAUCUGUGCCAUUCCCGGGUAUAAACACCUUUCCUUUGAAGAGUUGCGCUUGAAGGAUUACGAGGUCGGUCGGGGUGGAAAGGCUGAAUUUAUAAAGCAAGGAACUCUGAACACCACCAAUGCUUCAGGCAAGCAAAGGCCUUCGACGUUCGGAACAUCCAGUGAACCGAAACCUCUGGGUAGCGGCGGUAUUUUUGGUGGCAACAACAACGUGUUUGGGCAACAAAAGCCUCAGGAAAGCAGCAGCGCUUCCAAGCUGAGUGCGACGCCGGGUAGCAAUGUGUUUGGUCAAGCUAACUCGAACGUUGCCAACGUUCCUGUCCAGGGUAGCCUGGGUACCACCACUUUUUCCAAUCAACAAAAGGCGCUGAGCACCACCGGCGUGUUUGGACGAAACCAGACGCUGAGCGCCAGCACCCCUGGUACUCAGCCAACGACGCUGGGCGCUGCCAAGGCCACCAUGCCACAAGCCUCUCUGGCAAGCACCACUGCGAAUGCUCAGCAAAAGUUCGGCUUUUUUGGAACCCAUCAGUCUACCCUUGCGCAGGAUCACCAAUCAUUCCUCCUGGGUGGCACAAGUUUUGGCCAGCAAAGGUCUCUGGCGACCACUAGCUCCAAUCUCCCCCCGGCUACGGGUUCAUUCUUUGGCCCCCGGUCCAGCAUUUUUGGCCUGCCGCUGCCGCUGCCACUGAGUGCCAAUACCGGUAGUAGCCAGCAACCGGGUAACCCCAACAACUCCAGCCAACAAAAGACCCAAGGCAGCAGCGGCCUUUUUGGUCAACCAAAAAGCCAGUGA